AUGAUGGUUGCAUGCCUUUCAUGUACUCCCGAGGUUCUCCCCAAAAGUAACCUAUUCACCAGCUCUAGGGUAACCAAAUUCGGUUCUCAGGAAGCUCUCACCUUACUCCAAAAUUGCGCCACUUUCAAACAUCUCAAGCAAAUCCAUGCUAAGAUUAUCCGGAGUGGUCUUUCUCACGAUCAAUUACUUAUCAGGAAACUCAUUCACCUUUGCUCUUCCUAUGGGAAAAUGGACUAUGCCACUCUCAUAUUCCAUCAAAUCCAAGGCCCCCUUACUUUUACUUGGAAUCUAAUGAUCAUGUCCUAUACCAUCAACGGCUGCUCACAAGAAGCCCUCCUUCUGUAUAGCCUUAUGAUACGCCAAGGAUUUCAACCCGAUAAGUUCACCUUUCCGUUUGUUAUCAAAGCUUGCAUUGCUUCUUCCGCAUUUGAGCAAGGAAAAGUGGUUCAUGGGUUAUCCAUAAAAAAUAGUUUCUCCAGAGACAUGUUUGUUCAAAAUACUUUAAUGGACUUCUACUUCAAGUGUGGAGAAAUAGAUUGUGGAUGCAGGGUGUUUGAAAAAAUGCGUGUACGAAAUGUAGUUUCAUGGACAACCAUGAUUUCGGGGCUAGUUGCUUGUGGGGAAUUGCAUGCUGCCCGAGCGGUUUUUGAGCGAAUGCCAGCUAAAAAUGUUGUUUCAUGGACAGCAAUGAUGGAUGGGUAUGUUAGAAAUCAGCAACCUGAAGAGGCUUUUGAGCUGUUCUGGAGAAUGCAGGUUGGUGGUGUUAGGCCAAACGAAUUCACGCUGGUAAGCUUGCUGAAAGCUUGUACCCAAUUGGGGAGCCUCAAAUUGGGUAGAUGGAUUCACGACUUUGCUCUUAAAAAUGGAUUUAAACUUGAUGUUUUCCUUGGGACAGCUCUUAUUGAUACGUAUAGCAAAUGUGGUAGUUUAGAGGACGCAAGGAGAGUAUUUGACGAAAUGCGAAUCAAGAGCUUGGCUACAUGGAAUGCAAUGAUUACAAGCUUGGGUGUACAUGGGUUUGGAGAGGAAGCCCUUGCCCUUUUCGCAGAGAUGGAGAAGGUGAACGUAAGGCCAGAUGCAAUCACUUUUGUAGGUGUUUUAUCUGCUUGUUUGCAUACAAAUAAUCUGGAGGCUGGUUGUAGGUAUUUCAAAUACAUGAGUAAACACUAUGGUAUUACGCCUAUUUUAGAACAUUACACUUGCAUGAUUGAACUAUAUAGCCGUGCUGAUAUGUUAGAUGAGGUAUGCAAAUUAGCGCAAUCCAUGCCUGUAAAGCAAAACAGAUAUAAAGCAGAGGACAACGACAAUCAUCUUUCACUCGUGCAGAGGAGUUAG